AUGAACAUCCUCAUCACCGGCGGCGCCGGCUUCAUCGGCCAAUUGCUAGCAAAAGAGCUCCUCAACGACCCCUCCUACAAUGUCAUUCUCACCGACAUCAACGAACCCCCAAUCCCAAAGGGAGUUAAAUACCCCCAGAACGCACGCGCCGUGACCGCAGACCUCCUCAGCGGCGCAGAAACAGUGGUAGAUAAAUCGCUAGACGCCGUGUAUGCCUUCCACGGGAUCAUGUCGUCCGGCUCCGAAGCCAAUUUCGACCUCGGCAUGAGCGUCAAUGUAGACGCCACACGGAACCUCCUCGAGAGCCUCCGCAAAACAUGUCCCGGGGUUCGAGUCAUUUAUUCCUCCAGCCAGGCUGUCUACGGCCAGCCGCUGCCUGAAGUAGUAACCGACAGCGUGAUCCCUACCCCUCAAUCGUCCUACGGUGCCGAGAAGAUCAUAUGCGAGACCCUCGUAAACGAGUACACGCGACGCGGCUUCAUCAAUGGCUUUGUCCUUCGGUUUCCCACUAUCUCCGUCCGACCGGGUCGGCCUACCGCGGCUGCGUCUUCCUUUCUGUCCGGCAUGAUCCGCGAACCGCUGGAUGGCGUGGAGUGCGUGAUUCCGGUGGAGGAUCGGUCGUUCAAGUCGUGGUUGUGUUCGCCGCGGACGCUUGUGCAUAAUCUGAUCCUUACAUUGACGUUGUCGGCGGAUGCGGUGCCCCCUCAUAUUCGCCAGAUCAAUGUUCCGGGGAUCUGCGUCACGAUCCAGGAGAUGAUGGAUGCGUUGGAAGCGGUCGGAGGGAGGGAUAAGCUCGCGUUUCUCAAGGAGAAGGAGGAUCCCGCUCUCAAAGCUAUUCUGGAUUCGUGGCCGACUCGGUUCGAUAAUACACAGGCGAUCUCUUUGGGAUUCAAACGAGACGAGUCUUUUGAACAGGCUGUUAGGGACUAUCAAUUGGAAGUAGCGCAGUGA